AUGAAGAUCCUAUGUUUACAUGGACGUGGUUCCAAUAACGAGAUCUUUCAAGCCCAGACUGCCUCUCUGAGAUGCAUUUUGGAUGAUUAUUCGUUCGACUUCGUUCAGGGAACAGAGCUGCAUACAGAAGGAAAUUGGUCUGUGUUUACAACCCAAUUCUCAAGCUUGCCUCAGUACGGAUACUACAAUCCUCUGAGUCCGUCAUCUGUAAAGAAUGCAGAGGACCAUCUACUAGAGCUCAUCGAAGAAGAAGGAGGAUUCGAUGGAGUGUUGGGUUACUCUGGAGGAGCGGCGUUUGCAGCUCAAGCAAUCAUUCGACACAACCAAAGCGAUCCAAGUGAGCCUCUGUUUCGAUUUGCCAUCUUUGUCAACGGCGGCACUCCUAUCAAAGCUUUCACGCUGAGUGAAGAGAAGGUGAUGGCUGGAGCGGUAGACACUGCGGCGAUAGAUAAGGAACUGGCAGCAACUUUUUUUCGCCCCUCAAACAUGCGGGUACGCAAAGGGGAUAGCAGAGAAGAAGCCGAAAAGGCUAUCGAAUCCCGCAAGGAAGAAAUGAAGUCUAUUGAGACGGGCAAGCUUAGCGAUGGAAGAUAUUUUCUAACUGACGGAAAACUUGGCUUAACAAGAUACGAGGGCGCGAUGGAUGGUCCGCUUGUUGACAUCCCGACACUUCAUGUGAGGAGUCCGAACGAGGAUGAUGCUAAUCUAGGACUCAACCUGCUGAAUCUGUGCAACCCAGACUUGGUACGAGAAUACCAUCAUCCAUUUGGACAUGACUUCCCGAGAGGGCAAGAGGAAAUCCGAAAGAUUGCUCAGAUGAUUGUCGAGUUGGUGGAAUCAGCAUAG